UCAGUAAUUGCAAUUAUAGGAUAAGAUGGUUGUUAUUUUUUCGGGUAAAUUGCAAGUUUCUGUUAAUGUUACGAUGCUAUAUUUUAUAAAUACGGUUCGACUUGUAUAUGAUUAUUUCGUACAUGUAUAGUGAAUUUACUUGAAAUAUAUAAAAGGAAAAUUAAUCCAUAUUGUUUUUCCAAACUGUUUGAUUAAUCUAUUCCUCAAAAAUUACGUACUGAUUUGUAGAAUUUACUUGUUCGUUGUCAGGUAAGUUACCAUUUGCCAUUAAUUAAUUAUGUUACAUAAUUAAUUAUGGUACUGAUACGUACUCUUUUUUAGGUGAUUCGAGAAAUUUGUGUUGCAUUAUGAAAAGCCGAUAUUUAAUUUUCGCAAAUCUCUGCAGACUUCUAAUCACUUAGGAAGAGUGGAUCCAUUGAACGUUGAAUCUAAUAUCCAAAAAUUAUUCGUCGAAUGUGAACGGAUGAAAAGAGAAAAAUCGUUAACAAAACAUGAAGGACGAUUGUUAGAAAAGCUAAAUGCGAAUCUAACAAAAGAGGCCCUUAGUCCGCAGACUGAAGAGAAUCGAUCGACUAGAGGAAAGACGACGUGCGUAGAAUGCGAUCACUGUCGCCGCAGGUUCUUGAAGAAAAGCAAUCUUGCCGAACACCUGAAGCAACAUAGGCACAAAUGCGCUGACUGCCCGAAAACCUUCAGCCUUCGGCGUUAUCUGGUCUCCCACGUCGAAAAGAAUCAUCGACAGCAGAUGUACGAGUGCAGCGUGUGCAAGUACAAGAGCAAUAACAAGGGUACCCUGAAGAAUCACUACAUCCGGCUGCAUACGAGCAACUACGAUUACGCGUGUGAUACAUGCGGCAAGCAGUUUAAGAUAAAGAAGGCUCUGAAUCACCAUGUAAAGCAAAAUCACAGUGAAGCUCCACCGAUCGUAUGUGACGUUUGUGGUCACUUCAGCAAGAACCUUCACGCUCUCAAAGCUCACAUGAAGUAUCGGCACUACAAACCGGAAUUCAUCUGCCGGAUAUGCCGCCGGGGUAUGACUACGCAGGAGAAUUUAGAGCAGCAUCUCAUGUGGCAUGAAACUAGAGAGAAAGUGCUUUGUCCGACUUGCGGCAAGAGAUUUCGGGGACGCGACCUGGACUCGCACAUGAGAGUGCAUACUGGAGUGAAGCCAUUCCCCUGUCCUGUCUGCGGAAAGACUUUUCGACGGCAAACUGCUCAAGAACAGCACGUGUUGAUCCACACCGGAAAGAGACCUUACAUAUGCGAUAUUUGCGGUCAAGCAUUUGCCCAAAAGCCCGGCUUAAUUUGUCACAGGAAAAGGCAUCCUGGUCCUCUGCCUCCGCUACCCGUAGUUUCCAUCAAGAACAUUAUUACGGAAUUUACGAAAGAAUACGCGACGAAAAACGCGGUUAUAAAGAUUGAAUAAGAUAUACAAGUUUGUAAUAUUUAUACGGAAUACAUGUAACGAAAUUAACUGUGGAUAUAUAGAAUGUUUUGCAAUUACGUUGAGAAUAAUUAAAAGUUUGACAUAGAAAAGGCUAUAGUGACGAAAUAAAAAUCUCAGAAGUUGCUAACUUAAAUGAUAUUUUUCAUUUAUAUAGAAGAGAUACAUAUUUCUUUUAUAUAUUUUGUACAUAUAAAUGUGUGAUAUUUGUAUAUCUCAUAAAUAUUCUUACAAAAAUUACCUCUUUUAAUAGUUUUGAUACAUAUAAACUUUGUAAUAAAAAAUUAUAAAUUAAUAUAACAUGAAAUAUCCAGUAUAUGCACAGUAUGUACACAGUUUUUUAUGUCAAAUUUUAAUGUUAAAAUUGCUUUUUUUUGCAAUUUUUACUGUAGUUUGUAUGUACUUUGUAAUAAAAAUCACAAUUUUUAUAAA